GCAGAGAUAAGCCCCCCCCCAGCAUCCUCCCUUUAUUCCAGGCUUUUUGUUUGCUUUUGUCCUGACGCGCAAAACAAAAACUCCUCCAGGGACUGCUGUGGCGAAGCGAGUCUGAGCGGUCAUGACAGAGGAGAGGUGUCCCAAAGCGGAGCAGUAUGUUGGUGAAAUUAAAGGUGGCCUGAGACCUGCCAUGAAACUCACAGUCAUAGGAAUGGUACACUCCAACCCCAAGAGCUUUUCAGUGAUGCUGCUCUGUGAUCCAGUGGAUGCAAACAAAGAUGUUGGGCUGUUAUUUACAGUUAACUUUAGUGACAAAUCCAUCACCCGAAAUGCACGAAUUGCUGGAAAAUGGGGAAAAGAAGAGAAGACCAUUCCCUACUUCCCAUUUACAGCAGGCGACACAUUUAAGAUGGAGCUCUUAUGUGAACACCAGCAAAUAAGAGUCUUGCUUGAUGGACGGCAGCUCUGUGAUUUCACUCACCGCAUUCAGCCCCUGAACUUGGUGAAAGCUUUGCAGAUCUCAGGGGACAUCAAGCUUACCAAAGUGGCUUGAAUAAAAGGAGACCAGAGUAUCACCAGGGGACAGAGGCAAAUGUAGCAUUCUCGUGAAUUGAAAGGUUUCAACAGCUGUGGAUCUCACAGUCUUCUCUGGAACAACCCUAGGAAAUGGUAUCUGUAGCUGAAACUGCAUUGCCCUUUCUUGUAUCUAAUUAAAACUACAUCUUUGCUGGCAAA